UGUUUAAUGCGACCACCCGCCGCCAUGCUGCAGUCACUCCAUAAACAGAGCGGCUUUCCCAAAAUAACCCAGCCGAGGAUAUAAAGAGACGCCAAAUCCUGCGCAGCCAGAACAGCACAAAGACACGGGAGAGGACGAUAAAAACCCAACCAGGACCAGCGAGGAGAGAACAGUCCAGAGGAAGAGCUCAUUACGAACAGUUUUUACAGAAACAACGCUGGACUGGUCUCGGGACCGAUAGGGAGCUAAGCGAGCGCAAAGGAUUACCGUUUCCGGAUUUUCCUUUAGGACAGUUUUGGGAUUUCUUCUGCCUCCUCCUGCCUCCGAGCAGAAGGGGGGGCUGAAGAGCGACGGCAGGAAUGAAGUAUAGCUACCAAUAUCCGGUGUCCCAGUACACGCGCCCCAGUACCUACACCCCAGCGACGCACUACACGCCCAGCCUCUACUCGCACAAGCAGUACUCCACUAGUUCCUACUCGCCCAGCAGCUACAGCUCCGUAAAGUACACCCCCACCUACUACACCCCACCUUCCUACACCCCCGCCUACAAAACCACCUCCACCUACACCCCCAUCUCCUCCAAACCCUCCCGCAGAGGCAGCGCCGCUCCUGCCCAGCGAGCGCCAACCGUACCCGUCAAACCCGCCAAGGCUGUUCGCUUCACCAACGACGUUCUGUUCCAGGACCACAUCCGGCACGGAGAGCUGGAACUGAUCGGCCGCUUCAUGAGAGCGAGGAAAGUGAGACUGGACACUAUUUUUCAUUCUGGCAUGGCGGCUCUUCACGAAGCCGUUCUCUCAGGAAACCUGGAGUGUGUAAAGCUUCUGAUAAAGUACGGAGCUGAUGUUCACCAGCGGGACGAGGACGGCUGGACUCCCCUUCACAUGGCCUGCAGUGAUGGAUAUCCUGAGAUAGCACGGUAUCUCCUCUCUCUGGGCGCGAGUGCAGAGGCUGAGAAUGAGAAUGGAGAGAAACCAGCUGACCUUAUCGACCCCAACUGCCGAGAGCUGAGCAAGCUGUUUGAAGUGGGCUGUGUUUAAAGAACCGGAUUCAGUCUCUGCCUGAGUUAGAGGACGGGUCCACGCUGAAGCUGCUGAACUGUUUAAUCUGGUCAACAGAGGUUUUGGUACAAAUAUGUCCAAUUGGACUCCAGCUCCAGCUGUCUGAAUGUUUCUGUGUGUUUGUGAAAGCAGAUGCUCUCGCUUUUAAUUUUCUACUGUUGUUUUGUUUUUUUAGGGGGGCUUUAGUUUAGCUAGGUCCCAGACAGUUUCAUCCAUGGGUUCCAUGUCGGCUCCACAUAUGGGCCAUUUUUCCACGGUGGGGUCAGAGUGGACCGGUUGGACCAGUGCGGUUUCUUCUUCCAUUUGCUGUAAUGGCAAAUCAGAACCGAAAAGUGCACCUCGUCUCGUAAUAAUUAUGAUUUAUGAUUAUGCCCUGAUUUUGACAGCUUCAGAUCUCUACCAGCAGCCUACCAGGGUGUUAGCAAGACCCAACUAGCCAAGCAGUGGAUCCCUACAUCUUUAGUCCCUCCCACUGAACAGAUCUGGGGUCCAAAGUGUGGCUAAGGUCUGUGUGGAAAAUCCACUGCUCUAGUUUCCCUCUGCGCUCAGAACCGCUCGGCCCGGCAGGGGAACAACAGCCACCCGGGUCAGUGAUUAACUCUACUUUGGUCAGUGAUGGGACCAGUAUUGGUUAAACCUGGGCGUGGUCUGGGACGCUGCACGCUGUGUGAGAUGGGCUUAGAUGGGUUAUGGAAGCGCAACUGGUUCCAGUAACACCACAAUACAAACCCACUCAUGCUGGUACUUUACCAGAACACAGAGGAGUCCGUGUGCACCGGCCGUCCUCUAAAUAUACUGUUUAUAUAUUCCUGUAAGCUACAUCUUUGCUUGCCUCCUACUGCUAACCUCCCCGAGCUCCAGUUACCCGGCGCUGAAAGCUCCCUGACACCCAGUAACGUCAUCAGGAGCACAAAUAGACCGGCGGCUCUAAAUCGGACCUGCAGCUGCUGGUGCUGAUCUGUGUAUUAUAUCUAAACGUGCUGCAGAUCAGGAGCUCUGAGAAACACUGAGGAUCAGUUCAGGUUCUUCAGGGCAGGAUCAGUUCAGGGUCUCUGGUUGGAGAUGUGAUGAUGCCGUAUGUAUUUGAGUAAAAUGUUGCUUCUGCUGUGCUAAAAAUUAGCACAGUAUAUAUUUAUAUACACUGAAAAAA